GCAGCACCGGUAACGGCGGGGGAGUCCGUGUGUGACCCGCGCACUGAGGGGACGGCGGCGGCCCCCGGGGGAGGUGAAAGCCCUGGGGAAGGGGCAGGGUGAUCCCACGGCCGUGCAGGUGGAGCGAGGGGCGAGUCCUGCCCCGGGGGUUUCCCCGAGGGGGUCGUGAUGGGUGCAUGUGGGGCUGAGAGACUUCAGCUGUCCCUGUCUGGCUUAUCCUAACGCUUGAGUGUCCCCGCGUUGGUAUGGUCUGAAUCCAGAAAUAGGAGGGAUGGCAGCUUAAUGUUGGCAUUGUGGUACAUAAAGGGCAGGGAGGAACCUUGUCUGCUUCUGACAGUAGUGACACGAAGAGCAUUUGCUCUCACUGGGCUGCUUAGGGCUCUGAACUUGAAGCAGCAUGAUUAUUGCUCUGUAAGCAACACCUCUGUCCAGGCUCUGUGCUAGGACAGAUUCAAUUGCUAUUUGGCUUUAGUCAAAAAAAAAUAAAAAAUAAAAAAAAAUUCUGAUUUAAGCCUGAAUGCUGCUAACAUGUUUAAAAGUUACGAGGACAUGUUCUUAUGGUAAAAAGCAGCUGUUUGUGUUGGGGUGGUGGCCUGUAUUUUCUAAAAAGCAGAUUCAGGACCCUAACAACCACUUGCAGUGUUAAAUUUUUCAGUUUCAUGUUAAUUGCAUCAAUCUUUAGUAUUGAGUGUACUUAGUCUAUUUCAUUCAAUUCUAGAUAUAAAAGCUAUUCAGAAGAAUACUGAAAUAGAAAAUGUAAUUAUAUUCAAAUAAAUGAGAAGGAGCUGAUGGACUGUCUAUGACUAUGGAGAAUCAGAUAUUGCUCGAUAUAAGAUCGGUUAUAGAUGGUGGACUUGUAACUGAAAUAUUUAGUCAAAAUAAUCCUUUUAUUUCUGAAAAUUUUAAUCUGGAAACUGCAGUAAUAAAUAAUCAAUUUGAAGAAGGAUUGUCAUCUAGUCAAGGCGAUCAUUUAUGCACUGUAAAUGUGGGAGAGACUCUGUUGGAUCACUUCAAGUAUCCUCCUACCAUUGAAAAUCAGAAUGCAAUAGCAAAAGCUGAAAUAUAUCCACAUGGAAACAACAGCUGUGGCAAUGAAGAUCUUGGAAAUUACAAGGAAUUAAAUCUUCCAGAAGAAGUUGAACAUACAUGUUCACCUUAUCUGCCUUCAGAUGGUGUCCAUUUUCUUUCUUCUGUUAUGACACAGCAUAAAAAUUGCAGUGUUCCAAAUUCAAGCGUUUUGUCUUCAGAAGGAACAGUCGAUCAAAAUGUGUUUAGACCAUUAAUACCUCCAGCUGCAGGUGAGAAUAACUGUAUUUGUUAUGACCACUAUAAGGGAAUCCAAACCAGUCCUAUGCAGUCAAAAAACUUGCCAGAUUGCUUAAAUGAAUCUUCCAGCAGUAUUUGUGGCUUACCUCAGACUAAUGCUUCUGUCUAUGAUGAAAUAGUAAUCUGUCAGUUGGAAGGAGGUACUCAAAUACUCUGCAUAAACAAUUGUGCCACACAGGAACUAAAACCAGUUUAUGUAUUGCCCCAGUAUCAAGACCAACAUAAUUAUCUUCAAUCUGAUGUGGGCAACCCUGUAACAGCUGUACUGGGGCAGUAUUUGCCUGUUUCAGGUAAACUGGAUCUCAAUGAGCAAGAGUUUGAACAUGGAUCCUUACAAUCGGUAGCUAGCACUGCCACGUUCCAGCCAGAAUCAAACCUGCAAGUGAAAGUGCCUUCAGCUGGCUUACCUUCUCAUUCAGGGUUUACAAAGUCUAAGAAACCAUGUAACUGCACAAAAUCUCAGUGUCUUAAAUUAUAUUGUGAUUGCUUUGCCAAUGGUGAUUUUUGCUGCAAUUGCAACUGCAAUAAUUGUUACAACAAUCCACUUCAUGAAACUGAACGAUUUAAAGCCAUUAAGGUUUGUCUCGAUAGAAACCCAGAAGCUUUCCUACCAAAGAUUGGGCAAACAAAACUGGGAGAAGUUAAACCUCACCAUAACAAAGGAUGCAAUUGCAGGCGUUCAGGAUGUCUCAAGAAUUAUUGUGAGUGCUUUGAGGCUAAAAUUAUGUGUUCCUCUAUUUGUAAAUGCAUUGGUUGCAAAAAUUAUGAAGAAAGUCCAGAUAAAAAAACACAGCUGACUGCGCUAAACUACAUGGACAUAGGAAGUAAUGAAGGAAAUAACCCAGUUUUAACAUCAGCAUUGGAAAUAUUACCAAAAUUGGAGAAAGACAGGCUGAGAUGUCUAUCUUGGGAAGAAGUGAAAGCAACAUGUACUUGUCUCCUGGUGCAAGCUGAAGAGGCAGAAAAACGAGGAUACUCUGACUGUCUAGGUGAACGCAUGAUCAUGGAGGAAUUUGGGAGGUGUUUAUCCCAGAUUUUACAUGCAUAAUUAAAAUCUGCAAGACUGAAGGUUUUCAAUAAUUUUCCAUGUAUUAUAAAGCCAAAGAGUAUUAAUAUGGAUAUAUUGUCAGUCUCCACAAUUCUGCUGCUUAAUGAUCUUACCUUGAUCUUCCAUAGGACUAAUUUCAUUGACUUCUCAUGAAUUCUUUCUGGGUUAUGCUGGUGUAAGUGAAAUCCAUGUAAUAUCCAGCAUUUUUUCAAGUAACUUAAUACAAAAGAAAGCUUACUACAUUUUCUACUAAAAAAGAUUUUCUCUGUACUUAUGAUUUUCUGAAGAAUUGGCCCAGUCUUUACCCAGACUCUAAUUAAAAGUAAGUUUAACUUAAAAUGACUUUGGAUGUUUGUGAGUAGACAUCCAGUAAAAACUGAGUAAAAAUUUCCUAUCUUAUUUUGGUUAUUAUGUGAAUGGUGAAGCAAUUUAAUUUCCAGUGGUAGUAGGUAAAUCUGCUGCGUUUAGCUUUGGAUCUUCUCUGGUUUGGCAACUUAUUUCUCUUGUCUGCUGAUGUACUAUUUUUGGAAAAGGGAGCAACAUUGUCAAUUGGUUUGGUAUUCAUUGUUGGAAAAAAACAUCUAAAACAAUACCAGCAUCCUUUUCUCAGUGCCACCCUCCCUCCUCCCCGCUCAUCUCCUACUCCCGCCCCCUAACUUUUUUCCAACAGUAGCUUUAGUAGACAUAGAGCCUGUCUAAUAAAAAGUAGGAAUUUGACAUCCUUUUUUCUCCUAUCUUAAAGUACAAGAGUAUGUGACAGAAAAAUCUUUUAUGAAUCUUUUAAGAUUAUGAAAUCUUAUGAAAAGAUUUUAUGAAUCUUUUAUAUAGAAUUAAAAUUUGCUGAAACCUAGAUUUGCAAUCCAGUUUCCCUAAAAGUUUGGAAUAACUUUUGUUUUUUUUUAUUUAUUUUUGGUAUGUUUAAAAUCUAAAAUGCUACACACUCAGUAUGUAUAAAAACUAAAAUGUGUAAAAUUUUCAUAUCUUCUCUGUGAUAUGUUUUCUGCUUCUCAUUCUCACUGUUGUUCAAUUUUAUUUUCUCCAGCAGGAGUAAGCUAUUUGCUGCCGUAUUGUUAUCUAAAUGAUUUGACAGAAUAUAUAAAAAAUAACGCUGUUUGGUUUUAGAUGUAUUUAUGCUAGUUUAAUAAUAUUUGCUUGAAUAUUUCUGACUUUUGUGCUGAAAAGAAUAAAGAUAUUCUCCAUGUCAUGUUGAUUCAUA